AUGUCGAAAGAAACAGCGUCUAUGAGAGAAAUACAACACAACCGACAACUCAUUAUACAAGCUCUAAAUAAGAACACAACAAACUUUUCAAACUAUUCUAAGAUAUCUGAGUCAUUGAAAGAAGGAAACUUAAAACUGACAUUAAACCCAUUGACAGAUGAGUUUCUGUUUCAAGACAAGAAGAACAAUACUGUCUGUGUAAAUCCAACAAAAGGAACUUUAAACGAGAAACCUAUAAAAGAACUUCUUUUGAAAGCAGAUGUUGACAACAAAGCUGACAAAGAGUAUGUCAUUGAAAAAGUUCAAGAAGAACAUGACAGAGCAGAUGCAACAUAUGCAACAAAAGCAGAUGUUGACAACAAAGCUGACAAAGAGUAUGUUGACAAUAAAAUGUCAAGUGAAGUGACAAGAGCUGAAAACGAAUAUUCUAAAAAGACUCAUACACAUACCAUUGCAAAUAUUACAAACUUACAAGAAACCUUAAACAGGAAAAGUGACGUUGGACAUACACAUUCUAUAUCUGAAAUAACAGACUUAAACGUUAGCCUUGAAAAGAAAGCUGACAAAGAAACUGUAGAUAUGUUGGCACAAACGGUUUCAAGUCAUACCAGAGGUUUAAUGGAAGAUGGACAACAGUUGAAAGAGCUUGAGAAAGGUGUUACAGAGUUAAGGAAUACAAAAGCAGACUCGACAUGGAUAAAAGGAUAUGUAGAUGCAACAAAAGAACGUAUUUUCGCAUGGACAGAAGGAACAUACCCACAAAAAUAUCAUAGACAUAGCAUCUCUGACGUAAAUGAACUUGAAGAAAAGUUAUAUAAAAAAGCAGACAAAACAGAGCUUCAAACAUUAAAGACAGAAAUACUUCAAACAGUAUAUCCUAUAGGUUCUAUUUAUACGUCAAUGAACUCUACCAGACCAGAAGUAGUACUUGGUUUUGGAACUUGGACUCAAAUAGUCGACAGGUUUUUGUAUUGUGCAAACUCUUCAAAGGAAACAGGUGGAAGUAAAACGAUUUCAGGUGCAAAUUUACCUGCACACAGUCACUACAUAAAUUUAAGUACAUCUGAAGCAGGUUUGCAUAGGCAUAAAUAUUGGGGUUGGUCAACAAUGACAAAAGGUAAAGGAUAUGAUGUUAAAGAGGACGUUCAGUUUGCUAUAAAUGGUUCCUGGGAUGACACUUGGAGAGAAGGAGACCAUACACAUCGCGUUUCAGGGUAUACGCAAACAACGGACAAAGUAAAGACUACAUGCCACCUUACAUGA